GUCGCGUCGCGGCGCUCACUGGGGGCCCGGCUUUCGCCCGCUGCUGCCGCCGCCGCCGCCGGCCGCGGCUGCUCUCCCAAGAUGGCGGCUCCUCCGGGCGAGUACUUCAGCGUUGGGAGCCAGGUGUCGUGCCGGACGUGCCAGGAGCAGCGGCUGCAGGGCGAGGUGGUAGCCUUCGACUACCAAUCCAAAAUGCUGGCUUUAAAAUGUCCCUCUUCCAGUGGAAAGCCCAACCAUGCAGAUAUCUUGCUCAUAAACUUACAGUAUGUUUCGGAAGUGGAAAUCAUUAACGACCGAACAGAAACCCCUCCUCCCCUAGCUUCACUCAAUGUUAGUAAGCUUGCCAGCAAAGCACGGACAGAGAAGGAGGAGAAGCUGAGCCAGGCCUAUGCAAUCAGCGCUGGUGUUUCCCUAGAGGGCCAGCAGCUCUUCCAGACCAUACACAAGACCAUUAAAGACUGUAAAUGGCAAGAAAAAAACAUCGUAGUCAUGGAAGAAGUUGUUAUUACACCCCCAUAUCAAGUGGAAAACUGUAAAGGCAAAGAGGGGAGUGCACUGAGCCAUGUACGCAAAAUAGUUGAAAAACAUUUUAGAGACGUGGAAAGCCAAAAGAUACUGCAGCGUUCACAAGCCCAGCAACCACAGAAGGAGGCUGCCCUGUCAUCCUGAGUCCACACACACGGAGGACUCUUCCAGCAUCCAGCCAACGAGGCGAUGGUGGUGGCUUCGGCGGAGGCAGGCCGGGGGAGGGAAGGGAUCCUAUAUUUCCUGUUGGCUCUUGUUAACAAAGGGUCAGCAUUUCCAAAUCUUAGACUUGAACAAACAAAACACCCAACAAAAAAGAGCAAGAGAAUAAUUUAAAAGUUGAAUCAUUACUUGACUAACAGGCUUUGGUCCACCAUGUCCUUUUCACAGCCCCCUUCUGGAACAGUCACCUUGUUAAUUUUAUUUUUGAAAAUUCCUUUCCUGCUCUGCCCUUUCACCUCUGACUUUCCUAGUCUGUUCCUGCCAUUGUUUUUAUAAGUGGCUACACUUGCCUUCUGAGUGAUCGAAAGAAACUUUUACAUCUUCUCUUCCAAAAUAAAAAUAACAAGCUGACUGUGAUACUUAAGUUGAGACUAGAGCAGCAGAGAGAGGUCUCACUUUAAAUUUGUCUUUUUUUCUUUCUUUUUUUUUUUCUUUUUUUGCACAGGGCAUGGCUUGAAUUAGUUUUAUUUUUCUUAACUUUAAAUAUAUAUAUGAAAAUAUAUAUUAAAAUGUUCUCUAAAUAUUUUCUGCUUCUUGCAGGUCUCUUUUUACUAGAUCAUGGCCGCUCUUCCCACCUCAUCCCUUCGAAAAUAAAAACGUAUUACCCUCCCCACCACCUAUAGCCAGGCAACUAACUUGACUUGGUUCGCAGCAAGAAUCUUCUGCAGCACUUUCUAGAGCCAGUGUUUGCAGGUGGGAUUCGGCUGUGAGGGUUCCUGAUGGCUUUUUAGUCUUUUACCGUGUGUGUGUACCAGUCUUACAUUGGGCCAGAACCUCAGGAUUCUCCCUCUGCCUUUUGUCUUACUUCAUGGUACUAGAAGAACUUCCUCACCACACUCCCGUCUCAUAGAUGGGAGAGUCCGCUGUCCUGUCUCCUGUGCCCUCUGCAGGAAGAACUCUUUUGCAUGGCACGUCUCAGCUCCUCCUCGAAGGAUGAUUUUCUUCCAUAAGAAACCUGGAGCCCACCUCUCCCGGUCUCUCGAAGUCUGUAUCCAGAGCCACUAGCCCAGGAGAAAGCUUGGGUGACCUGUAGUUUCUCUUCUCCCACCAACCUCCUGCUUUUAUGCCCUUCCCCACCCCCCUUAAAUUUUACAAGCUUAUGAUAGUUUGUAUGUGCUCAGCCAAUGGGCAGAAAACCUGGAGAGAACUUCUGGACUUUAGCCCACCGGUUUGUCUGGUUUGACUAACCUGCUGAGUGCAAAAACUGGCUUGCGGUGCCCCUGUGCCUUCAGGGCAGUCCCGUGGGGCAGAGCGCGCCUCCAGCUGAAUAUCAGGCACCUAGUGGGAAGUGGGUGAUGCUCAUGUGACUGGCUAGAGCUUUGGGGGUGGGGUGGGGGUUAACUACUAUCUUUUUGGCCAUGAUCUCUUUCCCCUUCCUUUUUUUUUUAAUUAAAUAAAUGGAUCAAAAUUAAAUAAUUCAAGCCCUGCCUUCCAAAUGAAAUUUUUUUUUUUUAGUAUUGUUUAGCAAAAACAAUAAAACCCAAAUUUUUUUAACCAUCACUCAUG